AUGUUCGAGCAGAUCAACUCAGGAGAGAAGGUAGACAGCGUCAAGGCCACUGCAUUCCACGAGAGUAGCGCGGACGUCUUGGAGGACGAGGCCAUCGAGAGUAUGCCUUUCUUGUCCACAGUCCCUCUGAUUCAGGAUCCUGCCAUUUCGGUCAAAAAUGAGGCGCUCUACAACCCGGCGAACGCAACAUCCGGAUUGGCCGGUGUUGGAGAGCCUAUAAAGUUUACGAUGUCCUCAGACAAUGUCGGGAAUGUCGACGUUCACGACGUCGAGUUAUCCGAUGAUGUCGGCAGCACAAUGAGUGGUAUAUCAGACGAGGCGGAGAUAUCGUGCGAGCCUAACCUCGCCGGGCUGGAACUGGCGCCUCAAGGCACGGUCAACUGCUUGGCGGUAUAUGAGGUACAACAAGACGACAUGGACGCCGCCGGGGUGAACCUGGUAGCAGAGGUCUCCACAACCAGCCCUCUGGGAAGUACGCCAGGAGAGGCGACGUUGUGGCACGAGUUAACGCCGGCAUCCACAGUACUGGUUGAGAUGGAUGAAUCCGUCUCAAAUGGAGCGGACGGUAUCCUGGGUACGGGAGACAUCAUUACGUAUGAGGUUAUCAUCACCAACACUGGCACGACAUGCUUGUACCAGAUAGUCCUGGCCGACACGCUCAGCACGUCCUGCCAGCUGCCCUACAAAGAUGUCGCGGAUAGUGCUAGCAAAACUGUGGCUCUUCCCGGGACUCCCUCGACGACCGUUGCUGUAAACGGGGACUGGGUGGACGGCGAGGAAGGCCACCACGUAGCGGGCGAAACGCUGACGAGGACCUAUAACGUUACCAACAGGGGAACCACGACACUUUCAAACGUUUGCGUCAUUGACGAAAAGUUCGGCGAGGAUUGCCUGGCGUGUGUAGUGUCGGACAACGGCAAGCUUCCACCAGGCGACUCCUUCGUCUGCUCAUUCGCUUCGUUGGUCACCCAGGCCGAAAUCGAUGCUGGUGCGGUGGAAAUGGUCGCCAUGGUCACCGCGACCGAUGCUCAAUCGGAGGAAGUUAACGCCGAGGGCACCAUGACCCUUCCACUGAGUCGCGAAAAUGGACUCUUGCUAGUGAAGAGAAGAGAAUACACCGGGGAUCCUUACGCAGCUUACUUCGGAAACACCAUCACCUACACUUUGGACGUCUACAACUCUGGAACAACAACGUUAUCCAAGCUACAGCUCACACAUACCAAGGUCACUUUGGUGUGCACGCCAGCGCUGGAUGACCUCCUGCUGGGGCCAGCGGCGGUUGUAUCGUGUACAGGCCAGACUGGCUACACCAUUACCCAGUGA